CAAAUAUGUGACACCAAAUGUAUUGUGUAGGCUAAAUAUGAAAAUUACAUGUACAUUUAAGUGAUUAUCAAUGCGUUCAGAUCUGGGGAAUUCCUUACCUCUUUUCCCACAAUGCAAUAGUCAUGUAAACAAAGGACAACGACAGGAAGGGAGACUGAAAAGUUCUAGCUAGAUAGCUAGCAUUAGCUAAGUAUAGCUACAAAUGUGCAACUUAUUAGCUACAGCAGUUCUGCAAGGAAUAUUCAAAAAAAUAUAUAUAACGUUAUUUAGCUAGCUUCCUAACCAGUUAGACAUAGUUUGUAUUGCUUUUUCUACAUUGUAUCGUGUGGGAUCUCUAAAGCCAGUUAGCUAGCUAGAUGCCUGGCUAGCAGCCUGUCAGAAGCUAGCUAACGUCGUUAGGCAGUAACGUUAGCUGUCAAAACCAAGCCAAGUGCUUUGAUUUCCCAGCGAACUCAAAAUGCAUCGAUCUUGACAGUUUACUGGGGAAACCGUUUUUAACAGAGGAUGACAGGGAUGACUGCUUUUGAAGGACAACCUUUGUGGCCAUCCACACAUCUAUGAGAUCCCCACAUGUCUGAGGGACUUCCAAAAUGAAGAAAAUUAGUCUGAAAACAAUACGAAAGUCAUUCAACCUAAAAGGCAAAGAGGAGGGAGAGGAUGUUGUACCACAGCCAAAUUCAGAUACCAACUUUUCAACAGAUUCAAUGUUUGGAAAAUGUUACAGCAAAGAACUUGUUUGUAACGAUUUUGAUCACGAGGAGAAGAAAGGCCGUAAGAACGGCUCAAAAAGUGAGAGUCUUAUGGGAUCACUGAAAAGGAGGCUUUCGGCAAAACAGAAAAGUAAAAUAAAAGAAAGUUCCACAUCCGUAACCUGUGAAGAUGACACAUUCUCGUGCUCCUCAGCACCCAUUUUCUUUAACGACGUAAAAUCACAGCACCAUCUAAGAUCUAGUAGUCACCAUUAUAGCCCCACGCCAUGGGCCCUCAGGGCAGCGAAUUCUGAGGAAACAUGCCUUAGAAUGGAUGGGAAAGUGAAAGCUAUGAUACACUCAUCAGACCCCAGCCCAUCUCUUUAUGGCAUUCAGAAAGUAUUCCCUGACCCCCAGAUGGAUAGGCCUUUUCAGGAUUCAUCUGAGAGCACUGAGCCUCAGAAUUGUGAUUUGCAUCUAGAUAUUGAUGUGGAAAAUGUGCCUGCGAUUAUUGGACUAUCACCUCAGAACUAUAUUCACUAUGCAAUGCCUUUAGAUGAUGACCUUGAAAAAGGCUUGGAUAAUUCCUCUCCAAUAGAUGAGGUGCCUCAGCCCGAGGGCUUCCCUCCUCAUGCAGCGGAAGACCCCAUUGACCAGGAGGAGCUGAUGUCACCAGACAUAUUCAUGGACCCAUCAGUGAAUAGACUGCUCUAUGAAUCUGCAGGUGUCUUUAUUCCAGACUCUAGAAUAGAUUCUCCUCUCUCCCCUUUGCUACCUCAGCUACCUGGCAGUCACAUUCGAAGGAGUUUCCAAGUAUAUGGUGGUUCUUCUCAUUCGCAUGGUGCAGAGAGAGUAAUGCACCAUCUCAACUUUGACCCCAAUUCAGCCCCUGGCGUUGGCAGGGUUUAUGAUGCUGUUCAGCACAGCGGGCCCAUGAUUGUAACCAGCCUUACAGUAGAGCUAAAGAAACUGGCCAAGCAGGGUUGGUACUGGGGUCCUAUAACGCGUUGGGAAGCUGAGGAAAAACUUGCUAGCCUGCCAGAUGGGUCAUUCUUGGUGCGAGACAGCUCAGAUGAUCGUUAUCUUUUGAGCUUGAGCUUUCGUUCACAGGGUAAGACCCUCCACACCAGGAUCGAACACUCCAAUGGCAGUUUCAGUUUCUACGAACAGCCAGAUGUGGAGGGUCACAUAUCAAUAGUGGAACUCAUUGAACAUUCCAUCAGAGAUUCUGAGAGUGGAGCCUUCUGCUAUUCACGAUCUCGUACACCAGGGACUGCCACGUAUCCUGUCAGACUGACAAACCCUAUCUCAAGGUUUAUGCAGGUGCGUUCCAUGCAGUACCUCUGUCGGUUUGUCAUCCGUCAGUACACACGGAUUGACCUUAUCCAGAAAUUGCCUUUGCCAAACAAGAUGAAAGAUUACUUGCAGGAAAAGCACUACUGAAGAAGAUCAAUGAAACCCAGUUGGACUUUCUUGCACAUUUUAGAUCAGCAACAUAAUGAAAUAGGCCUAGUUUUUAAUCUUUUGGACAUGACCCUAACCCAGUGAUGUGUCCACCAGCCAAUGCCAGUAACUGACAUGUCUUGUGAGCCAUACAGUUAUACUCCCCACCUCAAAGCCAAGGAUUGAAGCUGAAUCUUGAUCAGCUUUUUGUUACAUUGAAUUAUUUCUGUAAAUUCUGUUUUGAUAGACCAAGUGUUUUGUUAUAUAAAGCAUGUAAAAAGAAAGAAUUUCGUACACUCAAUAUGCUCCCAACAAUUUGGGUACAACCAACAUUUCAGCACUCAGUGCUUUCUUCAGGGUGUCAGUCAGUCAGCACCUCUGCAAACAUUUUUGGGUGUGCGCCAACUCAUGUUUUUUUACUAGACUGUUAUAUAAAGCACAUACAUUAUCUAAUCAUUACUACACUCAACUUUUCCUCAUUAUCCUAUGUGGUUUGUUGUCCUACAUUAAAACAGUUUUUGUUAGGGGUCUGUAGCUAGUAUGAUUUUGAUACCUGAAAGUCGCCUCUGCUGAGUCUUUAGUUAGAAGUUUUUUCUUUUGCCUCAUUGAUGGUUACUCAUUGCAUGUGAAUUACAUUGCGUAUAUGGAGAACUAAUAUUUGAUCACCACACACCUGAAGCUGAUUUGGGAGAACUAAUCGGCAUUGACUGUGUAUAACCAUAUAGGGAUAAUGGCUUGUUUUUGUAGCCUUAACUUGACUGUUUGCCUGUCACUAAGUAUAAGGAAAAUUGCUUCACCUUGUUACUUUCCAGAUCAUGAGUUGCUACCUAUGGUAAAAUACUUGGUAUCACCUAAACAUACUUUUAUGAACGGCUGUACACCGUUUUUAUUGCACAUCUUGAAUGCAGUUAAAGGAGGGGUGUUUAUUACUGUUAAUAAAAUACUUAUUCACAGAUAA